AUGGGGAAUGUGAACAAAAAUUUGCUUGCUGGAAUUCUUUAUGGCUCGAGUGCAGCUAUAAUUUGGAAGGAUCUGGAAGAACGUUUCGAUAAGGUCAACGAUUCACGAUCCUAUUACUUACAUAGAGAAAUUGCCAUAUUGACACAGGGGAUUUCUACUAUUUCGGUGUAUUUUUCUAAGCUGAAAGACUUAUGGGAUGAGUACAAUACUCUAGUCCCCCCUCCUUGUGAUUGUGAGAGAUCGAGGGAUUUUAUUGCACAUUUUGAAAAACAACGAUUGUUUCAGGUCUUAAUGGGUCUAGAUGAUAGUCAUUAUGAUCAGAUUCUAGCAAGGCCUGUGCUCACCCUCGAACAACAUAACAAGGUGUUAGCCAUGCUGAAUAAUACAUCUGUCAAUGAAGGAAGUGCACAUAUGGCAGCUAAUUGUUUUUUUGAACCUGUUAAUAAGCAAGAUGAUCAUGAAUGGAAUAUUGUAGAUACUGGUGCAACUAACCAUAUGAUUGGAGAUAAGAAUUUGUUGAAAAGUGAUACAUUAAUAGAAAGUGCAGAGAGAGAUCUCUGUACUGGGAAGGUUAAGGAGAUUGGUAGGGAGCUGGAAGGUUUAUAUGUGAUCAACAUGAAACAAAAGGAGGAUUCUCAGAGGAAGGGUUGCUCAUCAGCAAGAAACAUGGCGUCUGAGGACCUUUGGCAUCAAAGAAUGGGGCAUGUUCCCAUUCCAGUUCUCAAGAGAGUUUAUGCUUUACCUUUUCAUAGUUCUUCUACUUUGAACAAUUGUGAUGUCUGUCCACGAGCAAGACAACGUAGACUUCCUUUUCCAAUAAGUCAUAGCAAGAUUCGCAGCGAUCUGGAUGGCCGACUUGCUGUCACAAUGAAGAGGAAUAGGCAUUGA